UAAUCUGUGAAACAUAUGCUAUUUUUCGAAAAAUUGUGUGUCUUCAAUUAAGAUCAAGCAAAAAGAAGUUAUAAUUGGAAUAUUUUAUAUACACACAUAUAUAUUUGAUGUUUCAGCCACCCGUUCUUUAUGUCCGGAUUUGGUCGAAUUAUUUUCGAAUAUUUUUCACAUAUCUUCAGAAAUGAAAAUAGAAAAGCAAAGAAAAUCUGUUAUCCUCCUCAAUCUCCAGAACAAUAUGAAGCGAGAAUUGAAAAUCGAAAGUAUUCUAAAGAAAGUGGAACGUAUCACAUCAGAAGAUAUCAUUCUAUGCCAGAAGUUGGUAGCUUCAAAGAAACUAAUGCGAGCACUGUUAGUCGUAGCCUAAACAAUUAUUGUAAAUAUACCGUACCCAAUAGGUUUCAAAAGGAAGGAUUAGACACAUUUAAAACACCAGAAAAAACUAAUAAACCUACGGAAAUUUCUAGAUUAAGAAAUAAUCAAGAAAGCUGCUUAGAAUCUAUUAAUGUUAUCAAAAGCAAAGAAACAGAGAAAGAUAGAAGAUGUUCUUGUCAGGGCGAAACGAUUUUAAAUUUCGAUCGAAAUCAAUCUUUGACAGAACAAACAGACAGUCUUGUAGGAACCAACGUAACUUGCUGUCCAAAGAACUUUAGCAAAUACACCCUAUCCAACGAACACCAGUGUGAAGAUUUUAAAAGUUUUCGAAAUCAAUACAAGGAAACAAUUUGCACAAAAAAUCAGCAAGAAAUCUGUCUUUCAGGAUCUGAUAAUGUUACCGAAGAAAGAGAAACAGAAAAGCGAAGUAGAAGAUGCUCUUGCGAGUGUGAAACUUGUUUAAACUUAGAUGAUAAUCAGUCGUUCCCACAAAUAAACAAUAUUGAAGUAACCAAUUCAAUUGAUGCCAAUUGUCGCCAAAAGAUCUUCAGCAAGUAUACUCUACCAAACCAGCAUUUGUUCAGAGGAUUUCGGAACCAAAUCAAAGAACCAACUAGUUCAAGAAGCAGGCAAAAAAGUUACUCUUUAGAUGAUUCAGGCCUUGUAUGUGAUGGCAGCAGCAAGACUUCAUCUGAAGAUUUAUUUCUCAGUCAUGCUUCUGUUUAUUUCGAUGCGGUACCUUGGUUGAAGCCAGAGUUUGAGUGCAGCGAUGAUAGGCUCCUUGCAACAAGCAAUGAAAAUAGCUUGGUACAACAACGAAAAGAUGUCAUUUCAGAAGAAUUUGGGGGAACAUUAAAGAACGAUAGAGAAGCAGGAUCUAUAAAUAUCAUUGAAGGUGUGAGAGGAGAAAAUGUGAAGUGCAGUGGUGAGGACAAAGCGUAUCUGAGCCUUAAAAGAUGCCAAUCUAUGCCACAAAUGGGUGGAUUAACCAAAACAAUCGAUGUUAAUCGUUUCCGAAAUAGCUUUAGCAGGUAUAAUAAGAAUCAGGGGGAAGAUUUUGGCAAACUACACGAGAUAGAAAAAACAACUGGACUUCUUAAUUUGAGAAAUCGGAAGGAAGACUAUUUUUCUGAAUUUUGCUUUUUAAAUGUAGACAAAUCAAACGAUCGUUGGAGAUCAAUGGACUUUGUAGAUUCAACCAUUAAAAAAGAUGUCACUUUGAAACGAGUCCAUGCUGUGGAUUUGAGCAUGAGUGAGAUGUGUCAUUCAAGUCAAGAAACUGAAUGGAGAAAAAUAAGCAGUCCAAAAUACACGAUUUUCGAGGAACAGAAACUCUGCCAAAGUAGAAUACCUGCUUUUAAAACCAAAACAUGUGAGGAUGAAACUAGAAACAUAACAAAAUACCGCUACGAUAGCCGAUUCGGGUGGAGCAGUUUAUGGAAUAGAAGACAGACUAAGAGCUCCUGCUUGAGUAUAAGCAUUGCACACAGGAGUCUUUUAAAUACAAAUUUUGAGAAAAAAUUUCCGGAAUUUACAAAGAAGAUUUAUCGGGGAAAUAUUAUGGAUUACGUCAGUCAUAGCAAAUGGAUGAAGCAAGCAGGUAUAUACCAAGAAGAGAAUGCAGCGGGCUUCAAGCGAUAUGCUCAAAAAAAAGUAGUUUUGACUUUACCGGAAUAUAAAGAAGCCCUCGCUAAAAUAUGUGAAGACUAUGGCUUGGAUUAUUGGGAGGUUUUGAUUAAAAUGACAAAUGUUACUCCCAGAAGUGACAUUCAUUCGUUUUCGGACGAAUCUAGUGACUAAAGUGAGAAAUAAAUAGUGAAAUACUGUUAUUCAAGGUCUUAUAAAAUUUCUAUUACGUUACCUAAAUAUAUAUUUUUUUACUCAAUUUCUA